AUGAACAUGCUGAUGAGGAAUCUCUUGACGGCUAAAGUGAAGAUCGGGAAUCUCAAGAUUGGGCGUCCGGAAGGAGUGGACCCGAAGGAGGCCGCAGAGAUGGAGGAGCGACUACGUCAGAUCGUCUGCAAAUGGCUGAUCGGUAAAGGCAACGCUUUGCCACCCGCCGCAAAAGGCGUCAUCUGCGACAUCGACGUGGGAAACGCGAAGCCCGUCGCACCGCGCGUCCGGAAGAUCUCGUCACAAUUCGGCGAGAAAUUGGCGGAUCUGAUUCGAGGGCUCCUCAGCGCGCGAAUGAUCCGCGCAUCGAAGUCACCAUGUGUCUAUCCUAUCGUAGUCAUCGUAAAGAAGAACGGGGUCGACAUCAGACUCUGCAUUGACUAUCGACUGGUCAAUGGGUUGACGCAGCUGAUGGUAUACCCGAUGCCACUGGUCACAGAUCUCUUGGAAGACCUCGAUAAGUACCGUUGGUACUGCUCUUUGGACAUGGCCAGCGGAUUCUGGGUGGUUCCCAUGAGGGACCGAGCCCGUCUUAUCUCCGCUUUCGUUACGCCGUUCGGGCUGUUCGAGUGGCUACGCAUGCCAUUCGGUCUGUGCAAUGCGCCGCAGAUAAACCAACGGUUGAUAGACAACGCGCUAUAUGGCUCCUGGAAACUAUCUCCGACGGGAGAUACCCGCGAUAUUUUCAGAGACGGGAUCCCGUCUAAGCCUGGAACGAGGUCCGUCCUAAGUCGACGGUCGUACCUUGAUGAUAUCUUGAUCGGAGGUACGUCGUGGGACAUCCUGUGCAAGAAGGUGGAACGUCUCCUUGACGUCUGUGAGGACUGGCAUUUAUCGAUCAGCGUGGAGAAAAGUGAAUGGGGAAUGCCGAGAGUAGAUUACCGGGGUCAUGAAGUGUCGGAAGACGGGCUCGGGGCGAGGCCGAAGAACUUAGAGACCCUCGCGACACUGGAAUUCCCGCGUACGCAGAAGGGUCUACAGUCAUUCUUGGAUAGCCUCAACUACUACCAUCGUUUCAUCCCAGACUUCGCGAUAUACGCGACCGUGCUAUGUUCCCUCGCCGCUCACGAUUCUGAAGAACGAAUUUCGAAUACUGAGACGCGCGAUCGGGGUAAGUGGACUCACGCGGAACGAGCAUUUGAUACGCUCCGUAGUAAAAUCGCGACUACACCCAUGUUGAAACACUUGGGUAAACAGCCGGUGGUAAUCGUGUACGCGAGUGACUGGGCCGUGUCGGCCGUCCUUGGCCAAGAUCAUGACGGGGUGUACCUGCCCGUCAAGUUCACCAGUCGGACGUUGAAGCCCAACGAGCUGAACUACAGCAUCGCCGAGAAGGAAAUACUAGCGCUGCUACGCGUCCUGAACGAGUGUCAUAACAUGCUGGCAGGGAGGACGAUUCGCGUCCUAAUCCGACACACGACGCUCAGAUGGCUUUUUCGCUCUAAAGGUCUUCAAGGACGACUCUCACAAUGGGUUGCAAUCCUCUCGCCGUGGAGACUGGAGGUUCUCCGGUCCGCAAACGAGGAAGAAGAGAUCCUGGACGCGUUGGCCGCGAGCAUUAUGCCAAUGGCCUACGUUAACUCCGCGCUAGAAGAGAUCGCGCCGCGAAAACGCCCGUCUAGGACGGCCCCGAUCCCGGUUCCGAAGAUCGGACCGACUGAAAGCCUGCACGUGAUCAGCUUCGACGGAUCCGCCGCGUCAAACGCGAGGGAGGGGCAUUCAGCGCCGUCGUGUGGAAACUACCGUACUGGGACGUAG